AUGGCUCAAAACAACCCCGGAGGCGACGACUACCUCGACAAAGCCUUCAACUUUGCCGCGACCAAGUUUGGCGGUGCCCAGGGGCAAAAGAUAGCGAAUAACCGAGGGUUGAGUGAGAAGAUUACAGACGGCAUGCGCAAAGCCUAUGAAAAAGUCACAGGAACAAAGGUCGAUCCCAAGAUUUCAAACUAG